GAGGACGCCACUCCCCUCCCAUCCCUCUCAUCACACCUGAGUCGAGUCGCUUUCCACUCCACUUCGCUUGCCCCGCACACCUGCGCCACCCUCGCCCACUCCCCCUACCACCUCCCCAAGUCCCGAGGAACCAAGGAACCAAGGAGGCGACCCACACCCCCACCCCCACGCACCACCGUGACUGACAGACACCGAAGCAGGAGCAGCCAUGGCCGCGCCGCCGCCGAAGCAGGAGGAGCUGCAGCCGCACGCCGUCCGGGACCAGCUGCCGGCCGUCUCCUACUGCCUCACCAGCCCGCCCCCAUGGCCGGAGGCCAUCCUGCUGGGCUUCCAGCACUACCUCGUCAUGCUGGGCACCACCGUCAUCAUCCCCACCGCGCUCGUCCCGCAGAUGGGCGGCGGCAACGAGGAGAAGGCGCGGGUGGUGCAGACGCUGCUCUUCGUCGCCGGGAUCAACACGCUGCUGCAGAGCUUCCUCGGCACGCGCCUGCCCGCCGUCAUCGGGGGCUCCUACACCUUCGUCGCCCCCACCAUCUCCAUCGUCCUCGCCGCCCGCUACAGCGGCAUCACCGACCCGCACGAGAAGUUCCUCCGCACCAUGCGCGGCACGCAGGGCGCGCUCAUCGUCGCCUCCACGCUCCAGAUCAUCAUGGGCUUCAGCGGCCUCUGGCGCAUUGUCGUCAGGCUGCUGAGCCCGCUGUCGGCGGCGCCCCUCGUCGCGCUCGUCGGAUUCGGGCUCUACGAGCUUGGAUUCCCAAGUGUUGCGAAAUGCAUCGAAAUCGGUCUUCCAGAGAUCAUACUGCUGGUGGCUCUCUCCCAGUACAUACCUCACCUGGUGCCUUUGCUGGGGACUGCAUUCGAGCGGUUCGCCGUCAUAAUGUCGGUCGCCAUCGUGUGGCUUUACGCGUUCUUCCUGACCGUCGGUGGGGCGUACAAGAAUGCUGCUCCGAAAACCCAAUUCCACUGCCGCACUGAUCGAUCUGGCCUUGUUGGGGGUGCUCCCUGGAUAACUGUACCAUACCCAUUCCAGUGGGGAGCACCGACUUUUGAUGCUGGUGAAUGCUUUGCCAUGAUGGCAGCUGCUUUUGUUGCUCUUGUGGAGUCUACUGGCGCUUUCAUUGCGGUUUCACGGUAUGCCAGUGCAACGCCAUGCCCUCCUUCUGUUAUGAGUCGUGGCAUCGGUUGGCAGGGGGUUGGCAUUUUGCUGGCCGGCUUAUUUGGAACGGCUAAUGGGUGCUCUGUAUCUGUGGAAAAUGCUGGGCUGCUAGGUUUGACACGUGUUGGCAGCCGGCGUGUGGUGCAGAUUUCCGCUGGGUUUAUGCUAUUCUUCUCUAUUCUCGGGAAAUUUGGAGCUGUCUUUGCAUCAAUUCCAGGCCCAAUAAUUGCAGCAAUAUACUGUCUUCUCUUUGCAUAUGUUGGUAUGGCAGGGAUUGGGUUCCUUCAGUUUUGCAACCUCAACAGCUUCCGAACAAAAUUUAUCCUGGGAUUCUCCUUGUUCAUGGGUAUAUCAGUUCCACAGUAUUUCAAUGAGUACACCUCGGUCGCAGGCUUUGGCCCGGUACACACGCACGCAAGAUGGAUGGUAAUCAGGCUUAUAUCCCAAACAUGCUGUUAUGUUCAAUACCAUGAUCUUGGUGGUGAUACUCUAUCUACAGUUUUAUACCUAUUCAAUGACAUGAUCAACGUGGUGUUCUCGUCGAAAGCGUUCGUCGGAGGCGCCACCGCCCUUCUCCUGGACAGCACCCUGCACAGGCACGACAGCGCCGCCAGGAAGGACCGUGGCCACCAUUUCUGGGACAGGUUCAGGUCUUUCAAGACGGACCCGCGGAGCGAGGAGUUCUACUCCCUGCCCUUCAACCUCAACAAGUUCUUCCCGUCCUUCUGAUCCAUGCUUCUAAAGAGAGAAGGGAAACGACACACGAUUGAUUAGUCGUCGCCUCUAGGGAAGUAGCUUCUUGCGAUGUGAAUGCUGUUGUCCCCCCUGAUGAUUUUUUGUGCCUCCGAGUUCUGAAUCCUGCAGAUCUCGGUGUAAACUGCUGUGAGAAAAUAGAGAGGUGCCUUGAUAGUUUCUGAAUGUAUAUUGGGUCAUCAAUAAAAUGAAAGAUUCGUAGCUCGGUCC